GGGUGGCGACGUGGAAAACAUGGAGGAGAGAGGUAUGUAGAGUAAACUUAAUUCUCUCAAAUGACCUGCAGUUUCAAGUAUUUGCCUUUGGAAAUUACACUUGCUAAAAAAAAUUGGACACAACUGUCCAUUAGUGUAUAAAACAGUCGCCUUUUAACGGUCCUGGGAGUCAAGAGAGCCGUGGAAACUGCGAGAAGCAUUUAUGACAGGAUUUGGCAUAUGCCUGGUGAAAAAGCAGUGAAGAGUGGUGACUCUGGCUGAGUGGAGCCAGUAGAGAGAGAUGGGAGCCAACACCAGCCACAUCAGUGACCUGUCCGAUAACCCCAGCCUCAGGGCCCUGAUGGGCACGGAAUCCAUAUCUGAGAAUGAUCCUUUCUGGAACCAGCUCAUCUCCUUUACCUUCAUCAGUCCCACCAGCAGUGGAGACUCCAAGUUACUGGAAGAGGCUGUCAUUCCCCUCGCCAAGAUCCUCAUUGAAAACAAUCCCAGAACGGGGAACUUUGGCGCUCUUGUGAGAAUUUUCCUGGGACGAACCAAAGAGCUGAAAAUCUCUACAGAAUGCCAAGAUCAGCUGUUUAUCUGGCAGGCCCACAACGCACUGUUCAUGAUUCGCUGCCUGCUCAAGGUGUUCAUCAGGGAAAUGAGUGAGGAAGAGCUGCACCUACAGUUCUCCUACCAGGAGAGGGCACCAGGCUCCUGUGGAGAAACAGGCAGCGAGGACCUCCUGGAGGAGCUGUUGUCCAACCUCAUUCACCUGAUCGUAGAAGUGCCCCUGCUUGACAUCACCUACAGCAUCCUGUUUGAAGCAGUGACCACGCUGCUGGUAUUCUUCUCCUACCAACUCUUCCACAAAGACAUCCUCCGAGAUGGAUUAAUCUACCAGCACAUUAUGAAGGGACGAUGUUUGUCUUUAACCAGUCGACUGGUGAAGACCCUGCUCUAUAAUUUCAUCAGGCAGGAGAAAUGUCCACCUCCAACCCACAUCUUUGAGCCAAAAGCGGAAGGAGGCCUGCUUUACGGCCUGGCGUCAGGGGUGGCAAGUGGGCUGUGGAGUGUCUUUACAUUGGGUGGAGCUGGCAGCAAAGCCGGCAUAGACCAGGAACACAACCCCUUACCUUUGUCCAAUCAGAGCCUUCUGUUACUGCUGGUCCUAGCCAAUUUGACAGACGGGCCUGACUGGCCCAACCCUUACCGCCAAGCCAUUACUUGUUUCAGAAACACACAAGACACAUCGUCGCUGUCCGUGGAGCAACCUCACACUUUCCAAAUCAAUUUCAACAGUCUGUACACAGCGUUGUGUGAGCAGCAGCGCUCUGACCAGGCCACACUUCUACUGUACACCCUCCUUCACCAGAACACCAACAUGAGGACAUACAUGCUCUCCAGAACCGACAUGGACAAUCUGGUGUUGCCCAUCCUCGAGAUUCUUUACCACGUGGAGGACAGAAAUUCUCAUCAUGUCUACAUGGCCCUCAUUAUCCUCCUCAUCCUUACAGAGGACGAUGCCUUCAAUCGCUCCAUCCAUGAGGUGAUAUUGAAGAAUGUCUCAUGGUACACAGAGAGAACACUGACAGAGAUCUCACUUGGCAGUUUGCUCAUCCUGGUGGUCAUCCGCACCAUCCAAUUCAACAUGACCCGGACAAGAGAUAAAUACCUCCACACCAACUGUCUUGCUGCACUUGCCAACAUGUCAGCCCAGUUUCGUUGUCUCCACCAGUAUGCUGCCCAGCGCAUCAUCAGUUUGUUUGCUUUGCUUUCCAAAAAGCACAACAAGGUUUUGGAGCAGGCAACACAGUCUCUGAGAGGCAGACAGGGAGACAACACAGCCUUGCCUGACUAUGCCCAGGACCUGAAUGUGAUUGAGGAGGUGAUCCGCAUGAUGCUGGAAAUCAUCAACUCCUGCUUGAGCAACUCUCUACACCACAACCCCAACCUAGUGUACGCACUGCUCUACAAGAGGGAGCUCUUUGAGCAGUUCAGGACGCACCCAUCCUUCCAGGACAUCAUGCAGAACUUGGACACGGUGAUCGGCUUCUUUAGUCAGCGUCUGGAGCAGGCAGGAAGUGACCUGUCUGUUGAGAGGGUUCAGGAAGUCAUCAUGAAAGGAGCCCAGGCCCUGCCCACAGACAGACUGAAGAAGUUUCCGGAGCUCAAGUUUAAGUACGUGGAGGAAGACCAGCCGGAGGAUUUCUUCAUCCCCUACGUCUGGUCCCUGGUCUUCAACUCUGGAGUCGGACUCCACUGGAGCCCGCAUGGCAUCGAGCUGUUCAGCAUGGACUCUGGCUGAAACAGCUGCUACUUGCGUUUUUUCUUCAUUCAGUUCGUUCAGUAUAGGGAAAAAAAAAAAAAAGAAGACUGACGGCAUGUGUGUUUGUGUUUGGGUGGGUGUGUGCGCAUUGCCCAUUAUAGUAUGUGCACGCUGCUUUGAAAGUGCCUCGACCAUGUACAGACUGGUAUUUCUUUUUAUGCAGCACAGCCUCUUUUCUUUCCUCAUAUCAUAAUAAAUCCUCUGCUUCUACACGAAGCUUCAUCUGUACUGGUUAACUGUUCACACAGUAGGGCCCACUUCUGUACAGUCCUGUAGGGAGAACUAAUAUAACACCUGAGCAGCUUCACCUGGUUCCACAGCAGAUGCCAAGUUACAUCUCUUCUGUAAAACGUGUUAUUGUGAGGGGCUCAGGACACUGGCGAUGGAUAAUCCUUCUGGUUUUUUUUUUUUUUUUCUUGCUUACAAAGAAAAGGUCAAUUAAAACCUGUGCGCCUGCGUGUUCAUUUACCGCUGCACUGAAUGCUAAGAAAUAGUACCAACUUCAUAUUCAAAAUUGUCAAGACAUACAAUAUACACAUAUGAAUAACUCAUGAUAUUGAGUUUUAACUAUCUCAGAAAUUAGCAUUUUAUUUUGACCUGCACUGUUCUCUGGUUACAAUGGGUUUGUAUAAAAAGAUUUGUGUUUGUGAAAUAAACGUUUAAAAAACAAAAAGGUCACCGAAACGGAGAAAGUGAUCAUUCACAGAAAAUCCUCCUGUUUUGUUGUAACAUGCAUGGUUUUCAGAUUUGAGUCCACCAGUGUUUUUUGGUGGCCACCCUCAGUAACCCACAUUAAAUUACAGUAUCAUUAAUGCUUAAUUUCAGUCCCUGGAUAAUAUUAGCGGUCCACAUCACUCUUAUUGAUGGGAUUUCAUUGUUGCUUCCAGCCCAUUUAUUUGACUUUACCAUGUCUUUGUCAUUUUCAUUUUUUUCCUGAUGGUAACCCAAGGCAAGUACUUAAACUAGGACAAGUCAUUAAACCUCCUGUCCUGUUGUGCAUAAUUACAGUUGUCUCUUUGAUUUGUGACUUUAUUUGCAUGUUUAACUACAGACUUUGUAUUAAAUUAUUUAUUUUCA